AUGACUGAUAUUGAUGAUUUUGAAUUAAUCAAUGAUCCGGUAUUAUCAAACGAACAAACAUUUGAAUUUAUAGAUGUGAAUGAUGGUACUGAAAAAAAUACAAAUAUUAAUAAGCCAACAACAUCGAGUAUUAUUGUACCACCUCUUGUUUCAAAACCUUUAGUUAAUGAAAUUCCUCAAGUUGUACAACAACAACAACAACAACAAACAUCUAAUCCUACUGUUAAUUCAUCAGAAUCAAAAGUACCAGUUUCACCUAUUAAAACAAUGACUCCUAUAACACCUUUAGUCCAAAUUCAAAAGACAGUACCAUCACCAACACCAACACCUCCUCCAAGACCAAUAAUAAUUGCUCCCGUGCCACAAUUACCAAAAGCUCCUGCUCCAAAACGUUAUGGUGAUGCUGCAUUAAUUCCUCAUAAUAUAGACGAAACCAUAGAUAUUGAUGUUAUUAUAAAUAAAUCAAAGAAGACUCAUCAAAAUACUUUAAAUGCUAGUAUUCAACAACAGCAACUAAGUGAUAUUCAAACAACCUUUGAGAAUAUGGCAAGUGGCUCAGCUUUUAGUAAUGUACUUAAAGCAAAGGAAGAUUUACAAAAAUCUCCUGAACAAUUAGAAAGAGAGAAACGAUCCAUACUUUCACAACGUGUACCAGCAUUAGAUCUUGAUGGCAAAACAAAAGAAGAUCUUAUUGAAAAGGCAAAACAAUUUCAUAAUCUUCUUCAACAGUUACAUGGUGCUAUUUACGAAUUAAGCGAACGAUUUGAACGACAAAAAUAUGAUAUGGUCGAAUUAGGUGAACGUGCUCGUCAAAUUGAAAAAGGAAAAGCUAAAACACGUAAAUCAAAUAUCGUGCAUACUGGUCUUGGAGGUGGUCUUUUUUCUGGUGUUAAUGAUAUAACAGCACAAGCACCGGCAAAAGUAUCACUUUUUAGUCGAUAUGAACGUCUAACUGAUCGUCGUACAUUCAAAGAUCGUCGUGAUGUUUGGGCUACAGAAAAAAAAUCAAACGACUUUGUUCCCGAACGUCCAAAAGCUAAGAUAAAACAUAAAUCACCUCCAGCUGAUAAGGGUUUACCACGAAAAACUAAACGUGCAUCUACAAAAAAUGAAGAAUUACCUCCUCCAUCUGCUGAAGAAACCGAAGCACCAGAACAAGAAGAACCACCUGCUGAAGAACAACCUGCACCAGAAGAAGAACAAAAUGAAGAAGCAGCAGCAGAAGAAGGAGAAGAAGAAGAAGAGUAA